AUGUAAAAACACGAACUUUAAGCCCUCUUUAAAAAUUACUAAAACGACGAAGAUCUCCACACUUAAUCAAUCUGGAAAGUUCUAAUAUACGACACAUAUAGUCAAAAUAUACUCUCCACCCUUUUAAAAGUAGGAAAUCUACGUGAUUUAAACAUAACCCUUCACAAUUCCAUCCUAACAAAGCGUGAAAAGCUUCACGGCAUGAAUGCUUACUACCUUAUCUAGCCAACAUAAGAUAAUAUAAACUUAAUAACUGAAGAUUUUCAAAAGGAUAUUUACGAUAAAGUCCAUAUACACUUCACUAGUUAAAUAUAAGACCAGUUAUUGGAAAAACUAGCCUUAAAUAUAUCCAAAAUGCAACAACCUAUAUUAUUAUUAUUACCACGCAACAUAGACUUUUCCUCAUAACUAAUGCAUGGGUGGCACUAUGGGAGCUUAGUAGACGAUAUAUUAUCCAUAAGUAGCAACAAAGUAAAGGUGGAAGGAAAAAUAUACGAUCUAGACUGUAUAAAUGACCAAUAUUGGAACGAAAAUAUCAACUAACCACUGCCUAAUGUGGCAGAGGAUAUUGAUAAAUAAAUGCAGGAAUGGCAAUAAGGAUACGAUAAGAUGAUGCAGGACAAAAACAUAUCAAAUGCACUCGAUAAUGUUUAGAAUAUGAAGGAUAAAAAACGAUUAAUUGAAACUCAUAUGACUAUCGCAGCAUAUAUUUUAUCAGAAUUAAAAAAAAGGUAGUUAGAUAAAUAUUUUGAACUAGCAUAGGCUAUGGUUUAGAAUAAAGGAUUAAAUAGGGAAGAAAAAAACGAGUUUAUGGAAAUUUUAUAAUAAUAAUAAAAUUAAGAAAAUUAAAUUGAUAACGUAAGAAUUUUAAUAAUUUGGGCAAUAAAUAUAGGCACAAGUUUAGAAGAGUAUGAGAAAUAUAUAAAUAUGGCCAAUAUUUAAAACGAGAAAUAUAUUAAAAUUCUAAAUAUAUUUAAACCUAAAAAAAAUGAAAAUAAUGAAGAUUAUUAUAACAAAGGAAGUAUUUUUGGAAAAAUUACAUCCAAAGUUAAAUUAUUUCUCCCGGGAGCUCAAAAUGAAAAUCCCACAGCUUAAUUAGUUAAUUAAAUUAUUGAAAGUAAAGGAAGUUGUUGGGAUAAAUGUGGUUUAAAAUAAUUUGAAUUAUAAACAGAAUUAAGAAAUGUAUAAACUAAUGCAGAUAUAGUUGUUGUCUUUAUGAUUGAUGGGGCUAAUUAUAAUGAAUAUUAAAGUUUAUGUGAACUUAUGAAAAAAUAUAAUAGUAAUGGAACCACAAAGUAUGUUUUAUAUGGAGGUUCUUAGGUUUUAAAUGCUAAGAAUUUAUUAGAAUAAUUAUGA